CCGCCGGCCGCGCCGGGACCAUGCGGCUCCGCAUCUACAAGCGCAAGGUGCUGCUGCUGGCGCUGCUGGUGGCCGCCUGCGGCCUGGCGCUCUGGGGCAGCCACGGCCGCCAGCGCAAGCCCGAGCCCGCGCGGGACCCCGGCGAGCCGCCCGCGCCGCCGCCGCCGGCCCAGGCCGAGCCGGCCAACCGGACGCUGAGCUACCGCUCGCUCUUCUACCAGCUGAACUUCGACCAGCCCGUGCGCAACCUGGCCCGCUUCCCGCGCCGCCCGCCCGGCGAGCUGGUGCUGGUGGUGCAGGUGCACGAGCGGGCCGAGCACCUGCGGCUGCUGCUGGACUCGCUGCGCCGGGCCCCGGGCGUGGAGCACGCGCUGCUGGUGCUGAGCCACGACCUGUGGUCGGAGGAGCUGAACCGGCUGGCGGCGCAGGUGGAGUUCUGCCAGGUGCUGCAGAUCUUCUUCCCCUUCAGCACCCAGCUCUACCCCCGCGAGUUCCCCGGCCACGACCCCCGCGACUGCCCGCGCGACCUCGACAGGCAGGCGGCGCUGCGCCUGGGCUGCAGCAACGCCGAGUACCCGGACUCCUUCGGCCACUACCGCGAGGCCAGGUUCUCCCAGACCAAGCACCACUGGUGGUGGAAGCUGCACUUCGUGUGGGAGCGGCUGCGGGCGCUGCGGGAGCACACGGGGCUGGUGCUCUUCCUGGAGGAGGAUCACUACCUGGCCCCUGACUUCUACCACGUCCUCAAGCAGCUUUGGGCGCUGAAGCAGCAGGAGUGCCCGGAGUGCCAGGUCCUCUCCCUUGGCAGCUACAACGUCGUGCGGGGUGGCUUCUCCGGCAAAGCCGACAAGGUGGAAAUGAAGACGUGGAAGUCCACCGAGCACAACAUGGGCAUGGCCUUCAGCAGAGACACGUACCAGCAACUGAUCGAGUGCACAGAUGCCUUCUGCACAUAUGACGACUACAACUGGGACUGGACGCUGCAGCAUUUGACUAUCUCUUGUCUUCCAAAAUUCUGGAAAGUGCUAGUACCCGAAAUCCCCAGGGUUUUUCAUACAGGGGACUGUGGCAUGCACCACAAGAAAUCCUGCAGACCAUCCACCCAGAGUGCCAAAAUCGACUCGCUCUUAAGCAGCAACCAACAGUACCUGUUUCCUGAAACAAUGAGUGUCAGUAAAAGGUACUCCAUGGCACCUCUCUCUCCUCACGUGAAAAACGGAGGGUGGGGAGAUAUUAGAGACCAUGAACUCUGUAAAAGUUAUCGCAGACUGCAGUGAAAAUCAAACUCUCAACUAGCCUCUCUUUUGAAUUAUUCCAUACUGUCUUAUGGACAAAAGGGU